UACGACGCCACUGCACAUAUCUCGUGAGCUGGCAUUUCGUGAUUAAGCCUGCAGCCUUACUAAGCCUACAGGCUGCGUCACGCACUGUUUACGCCUUCAGCCGUGACCACGGUACGCCCACUCUCAGCACCACAAUUCCGAAUUGAGAUUCAUAUCAAACCAUCGUAGGGCUCCCCGAUGCCGGUUACUUUGGCCACAACUCCAAGCUGACCAACACCUCUCUCCGAGCUAUCUUCCUAACUACUUUUCUCUCCGUCCUUCCUGGAUUGCUGGACCUCGCAAGUCCCAUUGCCGCCAAUGCCAUCUUCUCGCUGACCGCCAUGGCCCUGGACCUGAGCUACAUCAUUCCCAUCUUCCUCAGACGGGUGUUUCAAAACCACCCCGAGGUCAUGUUCAAACCUGGUCCCUUUUAUAUGGGUGAUGGCUUCCUGGGGGCUGCGAUGAAUUGGACGUGUAUCCUGUGGACCAUUUUCGUGUGUGUGAUCUUCUCGUUCCCGACCGUGAAACCCAUUACGAAGGAGAACAUGAACUAUACUUCGGUGAUAACGAUUAGUGUCAUGGUUCUAGCAUUCGCAUGGUAUAUCGUCGAUGGCCACAGACAUUAUCAUGGACCUCAGUCAAAUCUUGGCCUUGGGCGGUCAUACGUUGACGAUGGCACUGCCGAUGAAAUUACUGUCGCUAAGUCAAAAAUAGACCGGGAACAGGAUCAUGAGGAUGUCUAGAAGGUUUGAGCACCGACUGGAAGGAAGUACUAUAUAAAUUCAAAAACACAAUCAGCGACACCUGCU